CCGCUGCCGCCGGUCAUACCUCGGCCUCCCUCUGCGUCCACAGGCCGGGACCGCCACGCCGCCGCCGCCGCUGUCCCCGGCAGCCCAGCAGCCCUGCCCGCCCCACCACCGGCCAGUGCUGCCUGCCCGGCCCCGCGUCCCUGAGCCCACUUCUCCUGAGCCUUCGGCCGCCACCCCAGAAGGCUGGAGCAGGGACGCCGCCACUCCGGCCGCCUGCUCCCCUCGGGUCCCCGCGCGAGCCCACGCCGGCCCGGGCGCCCGCCCGCAGCCCUGCCUCUGGACACCGGAUAAAGCCCAGCACGCACAGCUCCCAGCGGACGGCAUGGACCGUGGCGCGCUGCCCCCGCUCGUGGCCCUGCUGCUGGCCCUCUGCAGCCUCGGCCCCACAAGCCUGGCAGAGACCGUCCACUGUGACCUCCAGCCCGUGGACGCCGAGAGAGGCCGGGUGACAUACAGCACCAGCCAGGUCUCGGAGGGCUGCGUGGCUGAGGUCGCCAGCGCUGGCCUCGAAGUCCACGUCCUCUUCAUGGAGUUCCCAAACGAGGUGUCAGAGCUGGAGCUCACUCUCCAAGCAUCCACGCAAAAUAGCACCCAGCCCCGAGAGGCGCUUCUGGUCCUCGUCACGCGCAAAAGCAUCUUCCUGCAGCUCCAGGCGCCGGGGAUCCCGCUGCACCUGGCCUACAACCCCAGCCUGGUCAUCUUCCACAAGCCCCCGGGAGUCAACACCACGGAGACCCCACCCUUCACCACCAAGAGCCAGGCCCUCGACUGGGCCGCCACGAGGGGCCCGAUCGCCUCUGCCGCUGAGCUGGAGGACCCCCAAAGCGUCGUCCUCCACCUGGGCCCAGCCCCCGGCUCCCCGACCCGCUGCGUGCUGGAGGCCCCCCAGGACAUGGGCAGCACGCUCCAGUGGUGGCCGCGGGCCUCAGCCCCGGUCCGCGGCUGCCGCUUCGAAGGCGUGGCCGGCCACAAGGAGGCGCACAUCGUGCGGGUCCUGCCGGGCCCCAAGGCCGGGCCGCGCACGGUGACGGUGCAGGUGGAGCUGAGCUGCUCGUCCGGGGACCCCGACGCUGUGCUCAUCCUGCAGGGUCCGCCCUACGUAUCCUGGCGCAUCGACACCAACCACAACAUCCAGCUCUGGACCACAGGCGAAUACUCUCUCAAGAUCUUCCCGGACAAGACCAUCCCGGGUUUCGCGCUCCCAGACACCAUCCAAGGCCUGUUGGGGGAGGCCCGCGUGCUCAACGCCAGCGUUGUGUCCUUCGUGGAGGUCCCCCUGGCCAGUGCCAUCCUGCUGCAGGCCUCCAGCUGUGGUGGUGGGCCGCAAACCUCACCUGCGCCGGUGCAGACCACCCCUCCGAGGAACAGGUGCAGCCCGGAGCUGCUCAUGUCCCUGAUCCAGCUGAAGUGCACCAGUGACGUCAUGAGCCUGGUCCUAAAGAAAGAUCUCGUCCAGGCUCUGCAGUGCACCAUCCUGAGCCUGACCUUCGGGGACCCCCGCUGCCAGGCCGAGGACAGCGAGGACCAGCUGGUCCUGCACAGCCCCUACUCCCGCUGCGGCAUGGAGGUGACCGCCAGCAUGAUCAGCAAUGAGGUGGUCGUCCAUGUCCUGUCGAUCUCAUCACCGCAGAGGAAAACCGUGCGCUGCUUCAACGCGGAAGGGCUCGCCGUGCACCUGGGCCUCUACGUGAGCCCGCACUUCGGCCAGGCCUCCAGCACUAUCGAGCUGGGACAGCAGGGUUUUGUGCAGGUGAGCUCGUCCCCACCCCUCCCUGAGCUCGUGCUCCAGCUGGACAGCUGCCGCCUGGACCUGGGUCCCGAGGCCGAGAACGUGGAGCUGAUCCAGGGCCGGGCGCCCCAGGGGAGCUGUGUGAGCCUGCUGGCCCCGAGUCCCGACGGCCACCAGCGCUUCAGCUUCCUCCUCCGCAGCUACAUGGUGCCCACGCCCACGGCCGGGACCCUCAGCUGCUCCAUCACUCUGCAUCCCAAGAGCUGGUCCCAGGAAAUCCACAGGACUGUGUCCACUCGCCUCAGCAUCAUCAGCCCCGACCUGUCUGGCAAAGGCCUCGUCCUGCCCGCCGUGCUGGGCAUCACCUUCGGCGCCUUCCUCAUCGGGGCCCUGCUCACCGCCGCACUCUGGUGCAUCUACUCGCACACGCGUCCCCCCGGCAAGCGGGAGCCCGUGGUGGCGGUGGCUGCCCCGGCUUCCUCGGAGAGCAGCAGCACGAACCACAGCAUCGGGAGCACGCAGAGCACCCCCUGCUCCACCAGCAGCAUGGCCUAGUGCCGGGCCGAACGCGCCUCCCUCCCCGGGGCUGCCGCCGGUGGGGACGCCCGGCCCACGCCACAGAGCCUUCAGACCCCCUGGCUGCAGGCUGCGGCUUCCCGGGACCACGGAGAGAGAGGCCGCUGCCCCGGCUGUCCACGUCGCUGUAGAAACCCAAGGCCCGCCUUCCUGACCCGGGGCCUGCACUGGGCGGAGAACUGGAGACACGCCCGGCCCCGCCACAGGCCCCGCCCCAGCCAGCGAUUGAAGGAGGGCCCAGCCCAGAGCCUCCUCGGACUGGCACAGCUGUGUGUGGUGCAGGAAGCAGAGGCCUGGGGUGUCUGGCCUGGGAGCCCAGAGCGUGGCAAGAACAGCGGGAGGGAGGGAGCCCGGCCCUCCCGGCGCCUGCCUGCCGCAUGGGGACCCUCCCCACCCCCGGGGCAGGCAGCAGAUGGGGAGGGGCUCAGCUGCUUGCCCUGCACCCACCCCUGUAUAUUCACCCCCAAUAAAUCCGACCUUGAAUCCA